GUCGGAGGACCCAGUAAUCCGAGAAUACAGCCUCAGCCCUUCCCACUAGCACUUCCUUCCUUUUCCCGAACGUCCAGGACGGAGGGCUGCGCUCUUAUAAACUCGCGCUGCCUCGCUGCCGGCAUAUCAAAGGCUGCUUCGCCCAGGCUGCCCCGCGCAGCAACCCGACAGGCACCCCAGCUCCGGUGCAGACGCGCACAGCGGUCUCCACCAGCGCCCCGCGCUCUCGGAACCAGCCGGGCUCGGACCGGCGGUGGCGCUUGCGCGGUCCCCAGCGCCUGCACGCGGUGUGCGGGGCAGCAUGCUGCGGGUCCUGCUCCUCGGUGUGCUGGGCUCUGCAGCCCGGGGUCUCCCCCAGCCCCAGCCGCAGCCCCACGGGAGCCAGUGCAUCGGACAAGACUGCUUUGCGCUCUUCCGGGGCCCCGCGACCUUCCCCGCCGCCAGCCAGGUCUGCGAGCGCCUGCGGGGCCACCUGAUGACCGUGCGCUCCUCGGUGGCCGCGGAUGUCAUCUCCCUUCUGCUGAGCGGCGGCGGCGGCGAGAGCCCUCGCCUCUGGAUUGGCCUGACGCUCCCGCCAGGCUGCAGCGACCCGGGGCACCUCGGUCCCUUGCGGGGCUUCCAGUGGGUGACGGGCGACAACAGCACGAGCUACAGCCGGUGGGCGCGGCUCCCCGAGGCCCCCGCGUCCCGCUGCGGCCCGCUGUGCGUGGCCGUCUCGGAGGCCGGCGUCCCUGUCCCCGGUGAGCCGUCCUGGGAGGAGCGGCCGUGCGACACGGAGGCCGACGGCUUCCUCUGCGAGUUCCACUUCGCAGCCUCCUGCAAGCCGCUCGCCAUGGGGUCCGGGGCCCCGGCGGCCGCCAGCGUCUCUGUCCACUAUGACACCCCGUUCGGGGCCCGCGGCGCGGACUUCCAGGCGCUGCCGCUGGGCAGCUCAGCCGAGGUGGCGCCCCUUGGGGUGGAGCUGGUGUGCGAGCAGAGGCCCGGGGAGAUCGAGGGCCGCUGGAGCCGGGCCGGGCCGGGCGCCUGGGACUGCGGCGUGGAGAACGGCGGCUGCGAGCACUUGUGCAACCGGAGCGCCGCCGGCGGGGAGCCCCGCUGCCUCUGCCCCGCCGACACUGCUCCGGAGGCCGAUGGGCGCUCCUGCACCGCCGCCUGCGAGACACUCUGCCAGCACCUAUGCCACCGCAACCCCGACGUGCCCGGCGGCUACUCGUGCAUGUGCGACGUGGGGUACCAGCUGGCUGCGGACCAGCACAAGUGCGAAGAUGUGGACGACUGCCUGCAGGUGCCCAGCCCGUGCCCCCAGGUCUGUGUCAACACGCAGGGCAGCUUCGAGUGCCACUGCCAUCCAGGCUACGACCUGGUGGACGGCGAGUGCGUCAAGGACCUGUGCCUGGGGAACCCCUGCGAGUACCAGUGCCAGCCCUUGAGGGAGACGGACUCCCCGCAGUACCGCUGCAUCUGCGCCGAGGGCUUCGCCCCCGUCCCCAACGCCCCGCACAAGUGCCAGAUGUUCUGCAACCAAACCGAAUGCCCAGCCGAUUGCGACCCCAACAUCCCGGAAAGAUGCCAGUGCCCCGACGGCUACAUUCUGGAUGAGGGCUCGGUGUGCACCGACAUCGAUGAGUGCGCCAGUGGCUACUGCAACAAUGCCCAUUCCUGCAACAACCUCCCUGGCACCUUUGAGUGCGUCUGCGGGCCUGGCAUGGUCAAGACUGGCAGCGACUGUGACCUUACCCCCGUGGGCGGAGGCAGAGGCGAAGGCGAAGGCGAAGGCGGAGACGGGGGCUCUGGGGAGCCUCCGGUCAGCCCGACACCGCGCACCACCUUGAGCCCCAGGCCUGCAGGGUCUGUGCAUUCCGGCGUGCUCAUUGGCAUCUCUAUCUCCAGCUUGUGUCUGGUGGUGGCGCUUUUGGCGCUCCUCUGCCACCUGCGCAAGAAGCAAGGCUCCAUGCAGGCCGAGCUGGAGUACAAGUGCGGGGUCCCCUCCAAGGAGGUGGUGCUGCAGCACAUGGCAACAGAGCAGAUGCCUCAGAAACUCUGAGGGGUCUCCCCCCUGACUGGCCCUAGGUGUGGGCUUGGCCUUUUCUCUCUCCUGUGCCUCAUUCCCUGGCCUCCUCCCCCAGCCUUACUCCCGAAGCACCUUAGCUGGCCUCAGAACUGGAGGAGACCCCCAUCCCUUCUUUUGCGACUCCAGGAAUGGCUGGGGAGGAGGGACUGGAAGGAGGAUGCACAUCCCUGUUUGCUUCUAUCAUGUCACCAGACUACUGGGCAGAGAGGGCAAUUUUAAAAUGAAUAUGAAGAUUGCAAAGUGCUCCAUGUCCUCUGUAGGGCAAGAGGGGGGAGCAUUAUUGGGCAGACUGUGAUCCGAUGGACUAGUGAGUGUGACUGUGUCAUGUUGAUGACAAAGAUAUUUAUUUUUUUUAAGUAUUUACGACUUGUUUUUCUAUUUUCCCUACCUGUAUGUCUUCAUACCACGUUGUGUCCCUCCCUACCUUCCCGCUCUCUUUCUUACCUUCCCUAUCUAUGUAUUUAUAUAGCCCCCCUUGUCAAGUGGUAGUUAUAUCAUCUUGGUGAAUAUUUUUUUGUUUCAGCCUCUCUCAUUUUUGAAGACAAGCCUCAUUCCCCCCUCUCAUUCCUCUUAAUUUCCCCCUCUCAUUCCUCCCAGGAACGGGGCCAACCCAUCUGAGUCACUUUACCUGCAUCUGACUGACUCUACUUCUACUUUUAGCUGUCUGCCUAAGGCAGAGCUCCUACGUGAAACAGAGCAAAAGCACUAAAAAGAAGAAUGGCUGGGCAUUUGUUCUUUCACCAGAUUCGCUAAUUUAGCCUGAAGUUUCAUGCUUCCAGAGCCAAUAUCAUUUUAACAAAGGUUAAGAUGUGAGAGGCAUUUGUUAAAUUAAUGUUGCUGAACUGUCUUAGAAAUUCAACCCAAGGAGAUUUUUUUGUUUUGUUUUGUUUUUGCUUUUUUUAAACAGUGAGCCUGGGUUUUAUUAUUGGUGUUGUUUUGAUUUGGACUGAAAGGUAGUCAUCGUUGUUAAGCUUUUAUGCAGUUUCCUUUUACAUUGUUAUUAUUGUUAUUGUUGUUGUUGUUAUUUUUAACAGUGUUGGAAUGUUCAUGUGAUUGCUCUAGAUUGAAAGAAAAAGGAAUCAUCUCCCAGGAGAUAGUUUAAGAAAGUUCUGAGUUGCCUGAUUCAUGCCAAUUACCAUUUUGACUCACUGUUUUUGUCAGUUAUAGGCUAAAAUAAAACCAGUUUUGGGGGCAUUUGGGAGUUUAGGGAUGGAACCUGGCAGAUACCCAGGCCACCUCACCUUGAUCAAGCCCUUCAGAAUGUCUCCCACUUCAGAGGGGCCUUCUCACCUCACUCACUUGGAACCUGCUCCCCACAAGAAAUGGGGCUGUCUUUGCCCUCCUCCAGCAGCUGGUUAGAAAUGCAGAAACUUGGGCUUCACUCCACUGACUCCAUGAGAAUCUGUAUUUUAACAAGAUCUGCAGGGGUUUACCUGCCAGUAUGGUCUAAGAAGAACGGUUUCAGAUAGCUUCCAAGUUCUGGAAUUGAGCGAAUGGGGCUCAGUAAUAAGUAGCAGGCCAAGUCAGGGCCUUUAUUAUCAAGAAACUGAGGAAUCUUAAUUUCCUGUAGAAAAAUUAGGUACACCCCUCUGGACAUCACUAAACAGGGUUUUUGGUUCAACUAAGCUAGGGAUGAAGAUAUGAAUGGGGGGAAAAAUGUGUAUCUUUUGUGACAAAGAUUUUUUUCUACUAUUUUGUAAACUCAGCAUAUUUGUACAUAUUUAUUUAUUGGAGAUAGACUAGAACACGGGCAAAACCCUUGCUUAUGACAUCACCUAUAGAAAAUAAACAAAUAACAGUG